CGACGCUGGUAGCAUAGCUGGCUAACAGAAGUGCCUGUUCCUGUACACAGCAACAAAGUCCCUAGCUUUGGGGGGCAGCGGUCAGCAUGGCAGUGUUGUGGUGUAAAGUGUGACAAGUAACGCUAAGAUGAUGAACGACAUUAUAGAGGAGCAAGAGAGGGACACCCUCCUGGACGCGCUGCCCGAGCCGCAAGUUUUGACGGGGCCUAGCAGCAGCACGAGACCCAAGACUGCUGAUGGUGGCAUCAGGCCUGUGGAGAAAAGAGGACCUUACAUCAUGUCCAGAGCUCCAGCCAUCCACCUUAAACUACAGAAGCACCGGGAGAUGGCGAGGAAAGCAUUGAAGAAGAAAGCCCUCACAUCAGGAGCUCCAGUGCUGCAUCAACCCAGACAAGGAGCCAAGAGGACGGUGAAGUAUAACAAGGGCUAUGCUGCCUUGAGUCAGCAUGCUGAGGAGACUCUGGUUGCAUUGGAGUCAGACAGUGAUGAGGAAAUAGAUUUCGAGCAGUAUUCCUCAGGAUACUCUUCAGCUGAGGUCCAUCCUGAUUUAAGCAGGCAGCUGCUACAGGAUGGCUACCGUCUCGAUGAGAUCCCUGAUGAUGAGGACCUGGACCUGAUUCCCCCCAAAGCCAUGGGCUCCUCAGUGUGCUGCUGCUCCGAGGGCCCGUCCUGCUCUAUGCAGUGAUGCUGGUGCUGUGACCCCAGCGCAGCCGGGCUGCUCUAUUGUUGCAAAGGCUCGGCUCCUGCUGUUAUCUUCACCUUAGCCACUUAUGGCUGAAGACUCCUUGUUACCCACAAGCCCCACUGCUGCGCUGCCUGAGCACCUCCAACUCUGAAGCCAAGUCCCUGUUUAUGCAGGGCUGCGUGUACCCAGAUUGCUUAACUCACAUCAAAGCAUGGACGGAUGUCAGCCCAAGCCUUAUCCACUGUGACCCCAAAGCUUGACCUUUUUUCUUUUUAUAGAACUACACGAAACGCUAACCCUGCCACCACUCCAAAUAGAGUGGCAGAGUGAUUCAUCUUUUUGAAGAUGCAUGCAUUGAACCAGCAGAGAGCUGGUUAUUUUAUUGUCUUCUCUGGUCAACAGCUCUGCAGCCACCUGUAUAUUGUAAAGGGAUUUGCAGACUGCAUAAAAAAUGGUGUAUUGUGCUGGAGUGAUCCAGCUCUUGUCUUUUUGUUAAGUCAUUUGACCCAGCGUGAGAGCAUUAAGAUUUUCUGGCUAUUGUUGCAUUCAUUGGGCCUUUUCUGCAUUAUGUAUCUUCAAAACUUGCUUUUGAAAUGUUUCAUUCCAAACAUGAACUUCUACUCUGACCAAAUGAUUGCUAGCAUCAAAGUAAAACUCAUUAGUGAAUAAUAAUAAAGUUACUAAUUAUUAUGAGCCAUUUACAUACAAAAAUUACAUUUUAAAGCAUGUAUCAAGCAAGAUUAGUUUUCCAGAAUUACCUAUGUCAUUUUGGAAUGAAAUAACCAUUCAGAUUUGUUUGUUGCUCAGUUCAAUAAGUUACUGGCUUGUUCAUCAAGCAACACAGCUUCCACUGGGUGUAUUGUAUUACAGUGUUUACUUUGAUAUAAAUGUAUGGCUUUUCUAUUACCUGUCGAUUUCAGUAGUUGUGAAAGGCACGGCUGCCUGUCAGAAGUACUGAAAUUGAGUUUCCACGUCCAGAAUCACUGAUCGAGAGUUUAGGCUGAUCCUGGCAUACUCACAGACUGGCACGUUGGGUAACCUAAGAUACGUCCGGUUUUGUUGCUUUGUGCAAGGAGACAGAGUUCAUUAUAUGUUACAACACAAGAUGUCAUUUAGGUAACCACUACCUACCCAGAAAUGAUUCACCCAUUCACUGCCUGCAUAACAUAUACUUACAGAGAAAAGCAUAUGUCAAGGUCACUGUUUAAAAUAAUGACGGUUAGUCUUCCAAAAUAAUACCUGGCAAGAAGAUUAAACCAAAUUAUAGUACACCUUUAAGGAUUUCUGUUGCCUGUUGGUAACUGAAGUACUUUGAUUGGUGAAAUGUUUACAGUUGUACAUUUUUUGUUGUAGAAAUGAGUUUUUCUGCAGAAAGUAAUAUCCACCAUUAUAAAAUGACUCUCAUUGUGCAGCAGUGAUUAUGGCCACUAAGCAACACUCAUUAUGCAUGACCAUUAGAGUCUUGAGUGAUCUUAUCUUGAGGAUUCAGUCAUUUUUAAAUAGCAUCAGAUUUCAAUUUGAAAAAGGAAAAUGAUAUGAAGGAUUUUGAAUGAAAUACCAAAUACUGAAAUUAAUUUCUGUUAAGAAAUUGUUAAAUUCUGUUAAGACUGAUCUCUUUUUCUUCCUGACAAAAUGGAUGGAUUUGUAGUAUUUUGGAAUACAACCGUUCAUAUGUUUUGAUGGAUAGCACCUGAAAUCACUCUUUCAAAAAAAAAAAAAAAAAAAAAGUAUAAUUUUCACCACCUCAGUUGUGUCUAGAAUAGAAAGGAUUUGUUCACGGUAAAAUUUGUUCUGUCAGUAUUUGUUUUACAUACACAAACACACACAGGUUCUGUUGGAGAAUUGAGUGUGUGAGCGUGCUAGACACAUGGAUGUGCUGAAACUGACACAUCCCUUAAUUUUAUUUUUCCACCCUGCAAACUGCCUGUAUCUGUGUGUGUUCUUGAUACUCAUGAUCCAGUCUGCAUUCCCUGGUUCACAUUUUACAGCUUAUCAGAAUAAUGUCAUUUUUGAUUAUUAGAGUAAGUGAUUGUGAUCACUUCCUCAGGAGACCUUUUGUGUGUGGUGUGAGAGAGAGAGAGAGAGUGAGCUUGAACGUAACUUGGUUUGUGUCAGGUGACAGCUGUCUGCAGAAGAAAAUAGUUUGGUCCAGUUAAAUGUAUGAUGUAGCUGUGGUUUCACAUAUUGUGAUACUGGUUAUUAUGAGGAGUAACUUUCACUUACAGAACAGUAUGGCCUAGCUGACAGCCAUAUUGCACGUUUUAUUGGAUACCCCCUGCCCCCCAUAAAACAAACAAAAAUCCUCAGCUCCAGUAAAGAAGCUAAUAUUUGGACUGAAUGACAUUUUGUAACAGAAAAUGUGCAGGAACCCUGAUCUGGGCUUCACUGGUUUUGGGGUCAAUUCACUGUCAGCAAAUUCAGGAAGUGGAUUUUACUGAAAAUUUAAAUUUUGGAUGACUUUUCCCAUCAAAAGGCUGCAAAGUAAUUGAGAAUGAACGCUCUCUGACCUGCAAAUGUUUUUGUACUUUUUAUGUGCAAUUUGAAUUCUCUUCUCGUACAUGGGAAUUCUUGGGUUAGAGGACAAAUGUACUCUGUGACCCCUGCACUACUUAUUGUUGGUUGUAAUGUGAGUGAUGUAGGAUUGCAGCUUAUUCUAUUGUUGUUUAAAGUGUGUUGACCCUAGCCCUGGUGCUGCACGUUGUUGUUUAUGUAAGUGUACAUAAACAUUGCACUCAUCACCAGUGGUCAGUAGCAAGUACACUCAACUCACCUGUACUAUGCAACUACGGGGACAAUCUGCUUACUAACCAACAUUGGGACAGUACAUAUAUAUAUAUAUAUAUAUAUAUAUAUAUAUAUGUAAGGUGUUACUGAGUGCUAAAUGCAAUAACUUGAAUUGUUAUUUUAUAAUGGGAAACACUAUUUUUUUUAUUAUUAUUUGAUUAUAUUGUCUAUUGUUUAACAUUAUUGAAUAAAAUUCUGUUAUCUAUA